AUGAGUAAAGUAUGCGACGGAUUUGUAGACUGCCCAGGACGAUUAAAGUCUGAUGAGAGCGGUUGCGAACAUGUAAUGGUGAAAGAAAAUUGUGAACAGUGGUAUGCAGAUGGUUUUCGUCAAUCAGGCACAUACAUAAUUGACCUUGCAAAGAAACUCGCCGAUGGAGACAACGACGGCUCGUUUACAGUGGAAUGUGAAUUUGAUGAGGCCUCAGGCAUCAUUUCAACAGUACUCCAUCAUACCAAUGAAGCCUCUGUCCGCCUGAAAGAAUUAUUGGAAACCUACCAUCUGGAGUAUAAUUCGGCAAUAAAAAGUACACUGAAUCCAAACCAGAACCUUGUAGGUAUCAUGGCAAGCUUUGGUUCAAAGUGUUUACAAAAGAUUGAGGUGGAGUGUUUUCAGGCACCUGACAUAGACGAUGACAUUAGAAUCAUUGGGUAUGAUGGGGUUCCGCAUACAUCAUGUCGUCCCUAUAGACAAGAUUGUCUAAAUAAAGACGGAAUCCCAAUGUGUAACGUGACCCGGUAA